CCGUGGCGGAGUUUGGUCGUUCGUUUUCCUCGUUUGCUCGCAGAAUCGGUCGGACGUUUCUCGGAGUUUUCUCGUCAGAAGUGCGAACUGAAAUCCGUUUUUUUUUUUUCCGAAUCCGAGUGGUAAUUUUCGCGAAGACGUCGAUUUUCACUGCCAGACAGUAGUGCUAGCUAGGAUUGCGGAAAACGGCCCAGAUCUUGCGUAAACCGUGGUGAAAACUUUGUGGCUCAGGGUGCCACCUGGAUGAUCGCGAGCAGGAAACUGCUGCUAUCGAGUCGAAGAAAAAAAAAGUGCUGCGUCGCGGAAGGGUUGUCCGCCCGUUGUCGCCGUCGUUUUGUGGAUAGAAAAUCGACGGAUUUGCGUUUGGUAGUGCAGUCCAAAGUGACCGUUCCAGAAGAUCCCGUUUGAAGGCAAGAAAGAAUAGUUUUUUCCUUCGAUCUGUGCUGGUCUUUUCCAGUCGGAUACUCAUUAGUCAGCCAGCAGCUUCAGCCAGGCAGCAUCGUCCGUCGGGUGUUUUGUGUUGGUCUGUGGCGCAGAGGGGAAAAUUUACCUAGUGAAAAUACAAUUAAAUAAUGCUCACCCAGACGAGUUGAUUCACAGGAAAAGUUGUCUGAAUCAGUUCUUAUCCCCAGAAGAAAAAAAAAACGAGCAAUCGGAGGAAGAAUCCCGAUCCAAACGAAAAAUUGCUCGAGUGUGCGUGUGAGUGAGUUCAGUAGUGCGGUGGGAUCUCCGUCGAGAAAAGUGUGUGGACACAGUGUUCCUUCCGUGGGGUAAAUAAAUGCAUUGAGUGUAAAGUGGCUGGCUUAGUCAGUGAAGAGGAGACCGAGACAUGGCGUGUUUAAACACCCUGAAGCUGGAAAUCAAAACACUGGAGCAGAUUUUCACCAAGAAUCACGAGCGAUUCCGCAUCCUGAACGCCUCGGUCGAUGAGCUGAGCUGUCGAUUCAUCGGUCGGAACGGAAAGCAGUACGACAUCCAUGCCAACAUUACGGAAACAUACCCCGCCACGCCGCCAGUAUGGUUUGCAGAAAGUGAAGAAACCAGUAUAACAAACGCGGUACAAAUACUUACCAACACCAGUGGCCACGAUAAUCAUGUAAUAAAUCAGGUCGAAAUACUGUUACGAGAACUCUGCCGAUUACACACAGUCCCGCUACCUCCCGAUCUGGACAACCUCAUGAUGCCGUUCCAACCGUACGCACCUGGUACCCCCUCGCCCUACCUGGCCGCCCACGGCCAUCAGCUGCACCACCAUCAGCUCCAACAGCAACAUCAGCAGCAGCAGCAGCAGCAACAACAGCAACAACAGAUCGACGAGCUCGAUUCAGACUGUGAUGACAUCGAAGACGAUGUGGCGGAGGAAAGCGACCAGGACAGCGAAGCGGAAGAGGAUCUUCCCCUCGAGAUGGACGACGGACGAAAUGCUGCCAAGAAAGACGAAAUGGAGGUAGAACACUUAGCGACAUUAGAAAGAUUGCGACAAACUCAGCGGCAAGAUUACUUGAAGGGAUCCGUGUCCGGUUCGGUGCAGGCGACCGAUCGGCUAAUGAAAGAACUGCGGGACAUCUAUCGUUCGGAUUCCUUCAAAAGUAACAUGUACUCGAUAGAGCUGGUGAACGAUUCGAUCUACGAGUGGAACAUCCGGCUCAUGUCCGUCGAUCCGGACAGCCCGCUGCACAACGACCUGGUGCUACUGAAGGAGAAGGAAGGCAAGGACAGCAUUCUGCUCAACAUUAUGUUCAAGGAGACGUACCCCUUCGAGCCACCGUUCGUACGUGUCGUACACCCAAUCAUCUCCGGUGGCUACGUCCUAGUGGGUGGUGCAAUCUGCAUGGAACUGCUCACAAAACAAGGCUGGAGUUCUGCGUACACCGUGGAAGCCGUUAUAAUGCAAAUAGCGGCCACGCUAGUCAAGGGCAAAGCGCGAAUACAGUUCGGAGCGACGAAGGGCCAGUACAGCUUGGCACGAGCGCAGCAGAGCUUCAAAUCGUUGGUCCAGAUCCACGAGAAGAACGGUUGGUUCACGCCGCCCAAGGAAGAUGGAUAAACGCAACCGGGCCCGGGAUUCCCAGGUUGUGGCGGUGUGCGCGCGCGCGUGUUUGUGUUAUCGACGUCGUUUUCUUUUUAUUUUGUGCAGCUCGUAUCGAUAUGUGCUCUUCCUGCGUUUCCCGGUUUAUUUUUUCCACGAUCUUGUUUUAUUUUUCUUAUUUGUUGCAACUUCCUAGCUUCCUCCCGAUCAUCCUGAUUUGACGCUUUCGUUGCGCAAAUGUCUUUCCGUUUUGUCUACACAGUACCAUUGAAUUUGGCUCAACAAUCAACAACGCUGGUUCGGUAGCGACCAGCGCAAUAGGUAGCCAGCGCAGUAACUAACAAUAAUAACAACCACUCAGCAGUAGCAGAUUACGGUUCGUUUAAGAAACUAAGUAAGUUCCAACCGACAGACAGAAGUAGCAGCAGCAGCAGCAGCAGCAGCCAGCAGAAGAUAUACAUAAUAAUCGUCCACGCAGUAAUCGCGAUCUAGCUUUGCUCUUUUUGUUGUUGUCAAAAUGUAUGAGUGCCAGUAAAAUGUGUGUGUGGAACGAGACGCCGAAUGUGUGUGAAUAUGGGGUAAAAAAAACUGUAGAAAAAGGAAAACUAACAAUACUAGAUCAUAGAACAUUGAAUGGUUCGAGCCAAUACGAUGAUGGAUGCCUGCGGUUGGUGUGAUAGCGUGAUGUGACUUUUGCACAUUAGUUAGUAGUUUUAUUUCCAAUGAUCUUCGAAGCCGAACACGAUUAUCUACAAACAAUAAGAAUAAAACGGUCGUAGAAAAAUAUAAAGACGGACACCAUUUGGGCUUAUGUUUUACUGUCGGACGGUUUGGGUCGAAAGGUAUUCAUAGGACAAUGAAAGGAGGCAGAGUAGAGGUUUUGAACAAUAGAAAAAAUAGAAAAUAAUCAUUUUCUAGCGAUCAUUUCCAUCGAUGCGAUCAUUGGCAUUGUCUCGAUCGGCUGUCAUUGAUGUGCUUUUUCAUUUCACUGGGAAACAGAUUUUUUCGUAUUAAAAAGCGUACGUUUUGUCGACACUUCGACAAAUUGAGCCUGUAAUGUGGAAGUUUAAAAUAAACUUGAAGCUUAUACUUCAAGUCAAGGUCCGUCAACACUUAUUGAACGGGUUUCUGUAAAUUACCUCGGACCCGGAAAAUUUCGUACAGCUCAGAUCUGACCUAAACAUGCUUACCGUACACCCACACGGUAAGCCAUGCCAUCAAUAGCCACAGAGUCCGCGUUCUUAUUGGCCGGAAUCGGGCAAUACGAAGGGACCCAAGCAAUAGUGAUGGCGUAUGUGUAUUUUGAUAAAGCACUCAGGACUUCCAUUCCAUUCAUACAAACACAUUUCUACACAUCCUCUGAACAAGAUUGUCCGGAAUAGUGUCCCAACCACAUGUGACAAGAAUGUGAUUACGCACAGUGCGAAGCCGCUCCUCGUGGAGAACAGACGCUCAAGUUUGCAAAAGCAAAUCCCCCUCCCUUUCCAGCCUAGGCACAAAUGUUCAACCGAGAUUGGUUACCCGAUUUCCUUUCAAGGUUGCUCGCAGUUUCCGGCAAGUAUCACGUGGGAGGAAGGAACAGGAUUUGCUGGGCAUAGGCUAUUGAAUUUCUUCAGAGAUUCCCUCAGGGAUUGCUUCUGGAUUUCCUCCAGGGAAUUCCUCCGCGGAUUCCUUCUGGAACUCCUUUAGUGUUUCCCUUAGGAAUUCCUUCAAGGAUUCCUUCAGAAAUUUCUUCAACAAAAUACUUAGGGAUUCCUUCUGGAAUUGCUCCUGGGAUUCCUUCGAAAAUUCCUUAAGAAAUUCUAUCGGGAAUACCUCCAAGGAUUCUUUUGGGAAUCCUUCACGGAUUCCUUCAGGAAUUCCUCCAAGGAUUCCUUCUGGAACUCCUUUAGUGUUUCCCUUAGGAAUUCCUCCAAGGAUUUCUUGAGGAAUUUCUCCAGAAAUUCUUCUAGGGAAUCUUACAGGAAUUCCUCCAGGGAAUCCUUUUGAAAUUCCACCAAGAAUUCCUUCAGAAAUUUUUCCAAAAAUUUCUGCAGGAAUUCCUCCAGAAAUUUCUUUAGAAAUUCCUCUAGGGAUUCAUUCAGGAAUUCCUCCAGAGAUUUUUUCGGAAAUUCUUCCAGGGAUUCAUUCAGAAAUUGCUCCACGGAUUUUUUCGGGAAUUCCUUCAGAGAUUGCUUUGAGAAUUCCUUCACGGAUUCUUUCAGUGAUUCCUCCAGAGAUUUUUUUCGGAAAUUCCUUCAGGAUUUCCUCCAGAGAUCCCUGUAGGAACUCCUCUAGGGAUUCCUUCAAGGAAUUCUUCCAAGGAUUCAUUCAAUAAUUCUAGGAAUUCUUUCAGAAAUUUCUCCAUAAAAUUCUUUAGAAAUUCCUCUAGAGAUUCCUUUAGAAAUUCCUCCAAGGAUUUCUUCAGAAAUAUAUCCAAAAAUUUCAUUAGAAAUUCCUCCAGAAAUAUUUUGAGAAAUUCCUCUAAGGAUUUCUUCAGGAAUUCCUCCAGAGAUUUUUUCGGAAAUUCCUCCAGGGAUUUUUUCGGGAAUUCCUCCACGGAUUCUUUCAGGGAUUCCUCCAGAGAUUCUUUUGAGAAUCCUUCACGGAUUCCCCAGAGAUUCCUUCAGGAAUUCCUCCAAGGAUUUCUUCAUGAAUUCCUUGAAGAAUUUCUCCAGAAUUUCUUUUAAGGAAUCCUACAGGGAUUCCUCAAGGGAAUCCUUCAAAAAUUUCUCCAAACAUUUCUUCAGGAAUUCCUCCAGAAAUUUCUUUUGAAGUUCCUUUAGGAAUUUCUUCAGGAAUUCCUCCAGAGAUUAUUUCGGAAAUUCUUCCAGGGAUUCCUGGAACACAAUGUUUCGUCCAGCGGUUGACUAGGCCCCACGUUGUGUACUUUUAUGCCCCGGGGACAAGAGGUAGACGAACUACUUCUGCGACUACGAUUUAGGUUUUAUUGCGCACCACAGAGAGGCAGUGCUCCUGCUCUGUGGUGGUACGAUUCUUACAACGGACCUUACAGCGGACACACAAAUAAUACCUGCACAAACUGGGCACUUGAGAGAACUCGCAUGACCGAUACGGUGUAGAUACUCUUCAAGACUAUCCCCACCAGUGCGUAGUAAGUCGGUGAUUAGUAGACGUUUUUUUUGUCUGUAUUAACGAGAUUUUUAACCCUAGGCUAGUUCAUCUCGGGGAUUAGUAGAGGUAUGCAAACCGGUUUUAUUUCUGAUACCCACUCAUUUUCACACGCGUUCACAUCAUCGUUGGUACUACCUUAUCUCCCCACCGGUGGUUGGUUGUAGUACUUUAUAUCGUAAACAAAGCACAUGGAGAGUCAAAUUUUCGUAGUUGGGAAUAUAUUGAUCGUUGAACAUGAAUUCCUCUAGACUUGCUCUUCUUCCUGGCGUAACGUCUUAACUGGGACAAAGCCAGCUUCUCAGCUUCUUUUAUGAGCACUUUCGCAGUUAUACAGUGAGAGCGUCCUCUGUAAAUGACCAUUCAUUAUAUGUAUAUCGUGUGACAGGCACGAAGAUUCUCUCUGCCCAAGGAAUUUCUUCAAGUGUUCUGUUUGAAGUUUUUUGAUUCUAGUGACGACGAAAUGCAAUCCACAGGUAACUUUAGGCAAAAUCUCAAAAAAUUUCAGAAGGAAUUUGUGAAGGAAUUCCGUGAAAUAUUCUUCAAGGAAUUCCAGAAGUGGUCCCUGAAAGAACUCCUGCAGAAAACUACAAUGGAGUUCCUGGAGAAAACCCUGAAAUAAUUUCUCGAGAAAUCCUUGAAGGAAUUUAUGAAAAAAAAAUCUCUAAAGGAGUUCCUGAAGAAAUCGUUCCAACAAUUUCAGAAGAAAUUCCUCAAGAAAUUCCAGGAAAAAAUCUUCCACAAAAUUCCUGACAGAAUUCCGGCAGAAAACAUUGAAAGAACCACUGGGAAUCGUAUGGAUACAUUCUGAAGGAAUUAUGGAAAAACAUCUAGAAGAAUCUCUAAAGGAUCUUCCACAGGUAUCCUUGAAUGAACUCCAGUAGAAAUCCCUGACGGAACUUUUAGAGAAAUGUGUGAAGGAAUUUCUGAAUGAACCCCUGACUAAAUUCCUGAAGGAAUUGCUCUAGAUAUUCCUCGAGGAAUCCGAAAAAAAAAACUUGAUAGAAUACCUAAUAACUUUCAGGAAAAAUCCCUGCAGGAUUUCAAGAAUAAAUGGAUGAAUAAAGAAAUCCUUUAAGGACAAGGUAUUUGGAGUACAUAGAUCAAAAUUUCUAGAGCACCGUUUUUUAGAACCGUUGAACGGAUUUGGAUUAAAAUGCACCACGCUGUUGACAACCACUGAACAAUUAGCGUGAUGCAUUUUCAUCCAAAUCCGUUCAACGGUUCUAAAAAACGGUGCUCUAAAAAUUUUGAGCUAUGUACUCCAAAUACCUUGUCCUUAAGCAGUUCCUAGAAGAAUCCCUCAAGGAGGUUAAGCAAAAAAAAAAUUCAAGGUUAAAUAUCUCUAAGAAUUCCAGGAAAAAAUCUUCAAGAAGUUCGUGGGUGAAUCCCUGAAGGACUGCCCAUAACUGCAUAACAGUCACAUUCGACAAAAGUUGGCAUUGAAGAAAAUGGAGCUGAAGAUUGCAACUUGGUUAGUAUGGGAAAAGACCGAAAUUUAAAAAAUUUGACUAAAAUUCAAAAUGAAUCCUUUGGCAAUGAAAUCUUCUACAGCUCUUCUCCUAUGCUUGGCGAAUAGUUGGAAAAAUAAUUUGAACAAAAUAUUAUUGACGGUACGCUAUGAGGCCCGUGUGUACUACCAGUGUGACUGUUAUGCGGUUACCCUCGUGAAUAUUUGAUAAUGAGACAAAACGACUUGGUAUUUUUUCACAUUUCGUAGAACAAACUUGUCAAGUCCAUUUGGGUGGAUGAAAGUUCUGAUGAUUUGGAGACGAUCCCCGAACUCAAUAUCGACAAAAACUGCUAAUGUUACAAAUAUGCAGUUAUGGGCAGAGGAGUUCUAGGGAGUCCUUCCAAGAGUUCCUGUAGAUAUCCUUGAAGAAGUUCCUGAAGGAAUCCUUGAAGAAAACUCGCAAAAAUUGCAGGUAAAAUACCAGAAGAAAUUCCUAGAAAAAAUCCUUGAAGACUCCCUGAGAUAAUUCCCGGAUAAUUCACUGAAGGAGUUUCUAGAGAAGUCCCUGAAAAAAAUCAUGGAAAAAUCCCUCAAGGGACUCUAUGAAGAAUACUUGGAAAUGCCCCGCAAAAAAAAUCAAAUUCCUAGAGGAAUUUUCGAAGAAUCCCUAGAGAAAUCACUGAAGGACUUUCUGGAGGAAUCUCUGAAGUAGUUAAUGAAAAAAAUCCACAAGGAAUUCCAGAAAAAUCACAACAAAAAGUUCCUAAUGAAAUCUCUGAAGGAAUCCCAGAAGAAGUUUCUCAAGAAAUGCAUAGAGUUCCUGAAGAAAACCAUAAAGGAGCUCCUGGACAAUUCCCUGAUGGAAUUUGAGAAGACAUUCCUGAAGGAGUUCCUGGAGAAAACACCACAGUAAUUCCAUAAAAUAUUAUACAAAGAUUUGCAGGAAAAUCUCUGAAGAAUUCAAGAUGAAAAUCUUCGAGAAAUCCCCAAAGAAUUCCUGGAAACAUAUCUGAAGGGGUUUCUGAAAGGAUAAAUUUCUUAAGGAAUUCCGUGAAAAAUCCCACUAAGAAAUUCCUACAGGAAUUACUAAAGAGUUCCUAAAGAAACCUCUGGAAGAGUCUCUGGAGAAAUCUUUGAAUGAGUUCCUGGAGAAGUCCCUCAAGGAAUUCAAGAAGAAAUCCUCCAAGGAAUUUCAAGAGAAAUCAGGCCAAACAUUUCUAUAGGCCCUAAGUGCAGAUGAGAGGCUCUGUUUAAGUCUCCUUUCUUUCGAUUAUAUCGUGCUUGUAUUUAUAAAUUUUGAUUUGCUCCUUGCGUCGGAAGGUAGAUUAAACGAUCCUUUUCCGAUCUACUCAUCACAAAUUUUCAAAAUGUCCACUGUGACAUCGUAAUAAUUUAAAGAGAAUCGAAACAAAGAGAGCCUCUCUUGCAGAUUGGACCUUUAGAUAUGUUUUGUCGCCAAAUAUCUUUAGCAAUUCCUAGAAAAAAAAAAUCUGAAUGAGUUGCUAAACAAAUUCCUGGAAAAAAUCCCUGAAGGAACUCCUGGAGGAAUCAUUGAAGAACUUCCUGGGGGGAUUUCUGAAUGAACUCCAGGAGAAAUCCCAAAAGAAUCCCCCUGAAGGAAAAUCCUGGAGGUAUCUCUUAAGAAAUUCAUGGAGGAAUCCAAGACAAAAAUCAAGGAGGAAUGUCACAAAAAACUACUAGAGAAACUUUUUAAUUAACUUCAGUAAAAUCUCCUGGCGGAACUUCUGGAAGAAUAUUUGAACAAAUUCCUGGAAGAUUGGCAGAUUUUUUCUGGAGCAAAUUUGCUGACGUUUUUAUUGAUUUAAUACCAUCUACCUUUUGUUUCGCUUGGGGCUUGCAUUUUAGAAUUGUCGGUAAAGUUGUUUCGGUUCAAAUUUCUCCUGCACACCGCCAUAGAUGCUUGGAUGUCCUCCUCGAGCAUAGUCCAGGUCUUGUGCCGUAGAGAAUCAACGGUCUUAUCAGCGUUUUGUACAUGGUACAUUUGGUGCGAGGGUGAAUCUUUUCCGACCGUAGAUUGUUAUGCAGCCCUCAGUAGGUCCCAAUUCCACUGAAGACGCGCCUUGAAGUCGAUGAACAUGUGGUGCGUUGGGAUCUGGUAUUCGCGGCAUUUUUGGAGGAUUUGCCGCACGAUGAAGAUUUGGUCCGUUGUCGAGCGGCCGUCAACGAAGCCGGCUUGAUAACUCCUCCGGUAGCUGUUAGGUCUACCAAAAAUCCGUACUCUUACCCGGUGCAGGCAGGUGGCAAACAUUUCCGAGCUUAUCUUGAUGAGUUCAGCUCUGAUACCAUCCUUACCAGCUGACUUAUUGUUUUAGGCUGCUGGAUAGCUUCUUUAACUUUCGUCAACGUGGCUGUUGGCUCGUUGUCGCUCCCUGCUGUACUGAUGUAGCCAUUUCUCCCACUGCCUUGAUCCUCCAUGUCUGCGCUUUCCGCGCCAUUCCGGUGUUUGUCGUAGUGAUGCUUUCAUCUUUCGAUAACCUCACGUCCGUCAGUCAAGAUCCUCCCGUCCUUAUUCCUGCACAUUUCGGCUCGCGGCACGAAGCCUAUGCGGGAGUUUGUGGUAGAACUUCCGUGUAUCUUGUGAAGGGCACAGCAGUUCCAUUGGUUCAUAUUCAGCUUCUUCCAGGCGGCGCUUUUUUUUCCGAAAGAGGCGGGUCUGCUGUUUCCACUUCUGUUUGUAACGUUCCACGUUCUGUAGGGUUCCUUACUACAGCAUUACCGCCCGUGCUCCGUUCUUCUCCUCCCAAAUUGCCCUACACUCCUCGUCGAACCAUUCGUUUCGUCGACUCCUUUCCACGUUGAUGGCUGCUUUUACUGUCCUCCAACAGUCCUCUAGAGGGACCACAUCGAGCUCGCCCUCGUCUGGCAACGCUGCCUCGAGAUUCUGCACGUAUGCUGAGGCGACAUCCGGUUGCUUCAGUCACUCAAGGUUGUACCGUGGCGGUCGCCGGUACCGUACAUUAUUGAUGACGGAAUGUUCUGGGCGCAGUUUAACCAUCGUCAGAUAGCGGUCGGAGUCGAUGUUAGCACCACGAUAGGUCUUGAUGUCGGAGAAGUGUCGUCAAUCAAAACGUGCUCGAUUUGAGAUUCCAUCUGCUAUGGUGAUCUCCAGGUGUAACGAUAAGGAAUACUGUGUUGGAAAAGGGUGCUACGAAAUGCCAUAUUUUUGGAGGCGCUGAAAUUUCCAAUUUUCGGUCUGAAUUUCUCCUCCUGGUCUACCUGAGUGUUUAGGUCACCUAUGAUUAUUUUGACAUCGUGGCUUGGGCAGCUUCCUGUUGAGAGAUCGGCAGCUCCACGUACCGAGUUUCCAAUCACAAGUCCUUUUUAAAGACACGGACAUGUUCAAUGCUUCCAGUGAGCUUUUCGCUCUUUGAAGGAAGCGCGACACUAGACAACGGACUAGCAUGCAACGCCCAGUGGCACAGCCGAAAACUUUUCCUGACAGCUGCGGCGGGAAUCGAACUCGCGCUCCUCAGCACGAUGUGACUAAGAGCUUGGUGACCCUAGCCGCACAACCACGGAGCCGCUGGGAUCGUUUCCGGGGUUGGUUACCCGAUUUUCCCUAAGGUUUUUCGUAUCUCGGCCGGUGCCACUCAGAGGUUAGGAUUGGAGUUGCAUGGCAAGAGGCUGAAGGACCUUAGAAAAGGACUGUAUUCCAUGUCCAGCCUUUACCGUGCCUACGAUAGUUUGUCACCCCGCCUGUGGCAAAAGAGUCAGGCUCUGCCACUUCCAAACCUCUGGAAAAACUCUCUCCGUCCAGACGUCUCUUCAUAGCAGAUCUGAACAUUUUGGUUUGCUGUGCAAUGGCUGGAAGGAAGGCUUUAUGAUGUAGGCUCGGAGUCAGUUUGGCUUUCUAUUCACCAGAAUCGUUACUUGUUCAUUGGCUUUCCCAAUAUACCAACACCAUAUACGGACCGUAAUGUAGACCCUGGCCAAGAUCACAGGGUUCGACGGUAUUAAAGUGAAGGAUGUUAAUUAUAAUUCUUGUAAUGAAAAUAUCACCUUUAACACUUUAAUGCGCCUCCAACGGUUCAUUGCGAACCGGCUGCUACAGAUGGAGUAUGGCUGAUUUAUCAGAAAUGCUCGAUAAACAGGAGGGACCUGCUGGGGCCUAGUAGUUUCUAUACCCAGAAAACUGUUCUGGUCUAUUGAGUCUGGGAAGGUUUCGAGAGUCGUUGUGAAUCAUAAUGCAAUUUUUUGUGUUUUGUGACGAGUCUCGGAAUCUUUUUUGAGCCAGCAGACUUUGAACUGUUUCCUGGGCUUCCCACUAUUCGGUUAAUUUUAACAAAUACACUAUACAAAUACAAAUUUAAUUCAAAUAUGAAAUAAUUAGUAGUAUCUCGCGUAUUCAAUUUGCUAAUACAUAGUUCUCAACAUUUGAUGUGCUUUCGUGAUUCAAUUUUCUCUAUAAUUUUCAAUAUCAAUUAAAAAUAACUAAGGGUCGAUUUCUUCACUUCGGCUUAACCGGUAAGCCAGGCUUACCCAUACAGUUAAACCUGGCUUAACGCUUAAGCCAGGGUGAAGAAAUCGCCCCUAAGGGCCGAUUUCUUCACCUUCCCGGCUUAACGACGUAAGCCUGGUUUAUCUUAAACCACACUUAAAGUUAAGCCAAAUUCUUAAGCCAGGUUUAAAUAUUUGCAUUUCUUCACAACGGUUUAGCAAAUAUAGGCGAUGGCUUACGCUAAGCCAAGCUUAACGAAAUUUCCCAUAUCAUUCCAGUGACUUUCCAAUGGAAACGUCAUUUUAAGCCGCCGAUAUUUUGAAAUGCCCGUUAUAUGCAGUAUGGAGUAACAACAACAAAACAUCCGCUGAAAUUUUAGCAGGAAAAGCGGAAUCGCUCAGUAUUUUUUUUGGAUACAGAAGGAAAUUAACAAUAAUGAUCUACCUAGACUGUUGAUGUUUUACCUAACGCUAGUAUAGAAGAUCUACGAUUUAGUACCUACUACAUAUGAUCGUUCCACAACAUGUUCGAAUUUGUCUCUCAUUGUACAAAUUUGGAGUGCCACAUUGCAGAAAAAGGCGUUGCAAUGUUGAUUUUAUGUUUUGAUAUAUAUCCAUAAUCGCCUUCGAAUAAAGUUGCAUUUCGAUAGUGAGUUUUUGAUAAUGUGUUUGUCGUGAGAUGCUCCAGAAUUCAGACCAUGUUUCGAAUAUGUUUAAAAUUUUGAAUUGUGUACAUUCAAUGAAAGCCACAGCAAAGUUCAAGUUCAACUAGAAACUGAAAUCCUUUAAUAGAAACAGUUUACUCUACUUUUAGUCCAUUCGUUGGUGUUUUUAAUACUUUAUUUUAAAAAUAUUUAGGUGCCGUUUUCAAUGCUCUAAAGAAAAGGAAAAUAUGAUCGUGUGUUACGGCCCAUGCAAAAUAAAUAUUAGGAUUUUAAUAUAAAAAUGUGUUAAUACGAUGCACGCUGCCUUGUACUAAAAUAUGAAAUGGAACGUUUUUUGCAGUACUGAAAUAGUUAUUUAUGCCACAAGUUGCAAAAAUGAUGAUUUUUCCAGCACGCGAGUUGUACAUUAGUAUGGGACAAACAUCAAAUUCUCGCUCCAGUCGACUUUUUUGAUUCCAUUUAGGUCCCAUAUGAACUGUGCAAAAUUUCAGCGCAAUCGGUGAAACUAUAAUUUAGCGCAAGCGGUUCAAAGUUUUCAUAGGAUUUACUAUGGGAAAAGUUACACUUUCAGAUAAAAAAUCCCAGAUGCCGUCCCUAGUCUCCUUAAUUCAAAUCAAUCAAUGCUUCUUGUAGAAAAAUCAUUUAUGAUACUUUCCUUCGAAGACCACAAAACGAUUGGAUGCUUGUGGAAAAAGUUAUUGAUUUAUUACCGAUCAGUGAUCCAACGAACGGCUUUUUGUUUUGUUUUAUUAGCAGCACUGUAGCUGCUGCCAUGGCUGCUGCUGUUUCUGGGGGUGGUGAUGCCUCCCGCCACCCCAUGCAACAACGGCAGCAGCAGUGCUGCUAAUAAAACAAAACAAAAAGCCGUUCGUUGGAUCACUGAUCGGUAAUAAAUCAAUAACUUUUUCCACAAGCAUCCAAUCGUUUUGCGGUCUUCGAAGGAAAGUAUCAUAAAUGAUUUUUCUACAAGAAGCAUUGAUCGAUUUGAAUUAAGGAGACAAAGGGUGACCUCUAGGGUUUUUUGUUUGAAAGUGUAACUUUUCCCAUAGUAAAUCGUAUGAAAACUUUGAACCGCUUGCGCUAAAUUAUAGUUUCACCGAUUGCGCUGAAAUUUUGUACAGUUCAUAUGGGACCUAAAUGGGAUCUAAAAAGCCGACUGGAGCGAGGAUUUUUUUUUUCCAUACAAGCGUGUCCCAUACUAUUGUACAUUUAUCCAACCCAGGCUUGCCGACUUGGAUAAAUACAACGAGUGCUGAAAAAAUCGAGUUUUGCAACGUGUUGCAUACAAAGUUUUUAGUAAUUACGAAAUACACCCAUCAAUUACAACCUUAACUGCACAUUCUGAGAAAACAUGCAAGCGGGCUUCCACGUGUAUUAGCCAUCUUAGCCUAUUAUCCGAUCAAAAAGGCGUUUCACUAGGCCUACAGACCAGGACAGACCGAAAUGGUCGGUCACAAAUUUGCAAGCUCUCGUCCAGUUAAGUCUGGUACUUUUUCUUCUAAGAGGAGAAGUUUUUGGAAGCAAUAAUACAGGAAGUGACCGAAAGGACGUGCGCGGCAUAUUAACUUUGAUAACUAUGAGAAAUUAAGCCAAACUAGGAGCAAAUUGUCCAAUCAAACAACAGUGCCGAAAAGUAGUACUUUUCGGCACACUUGAGGGUGCCAAAAAGUAGUACUUUUCGGCACACUUGUUAAAGUUUGGAAAAGUAGGCCAAUUCGCUGCCUUUUCACCGAUUGAAAAGUAAGCACUUUCGAAACGUUAUUACAAAAACGUAAUUACGACCUAUCUAGAUUCAAUGUAAUCGAAUAUCUCCGAAAAGGGCAUUAUUCAUUAUGAAAAAAAAAUGGGAUUCAAUGUGCGCUCUAAAAAUAGAGUUUUGGAACGAGUUGCAAAGCAUUUUUGCAAUGAAAAACAAAUCACUAGAAUAUGAUCAUUUCUAUCAGUACCAUCGUGCUUCGCGGUGGUUCGAUGGGAACAGUUAGGUGUUCUAUCAUGCUAGACACUAAAUUUUGAUCAAGCAAGCUGUACCAUAACCGUGACAAUUUUGCAAGCUCUUGCCGUGACAACUCUGGUUGUGGAUCAAACAAUUGCAUUAUGAUUCAUAAUACAACCAAAAUCAGUUGCAUUAUGAAUCAUAUUGCAAUUUUUUGGUAUAGUACGAUAAACUAGUCCGUUGUGAUACGGCAAGUAUAAAUCAAAUUUUAUAGUGCUGAGUUGCAAAAUAGUUAUUUAUGUAACGAGUUGCAAAAAGUUGAUUUUUUCAGCACGAGUCGUACAUUUAUAAAUACGAAGAGUGCUGAAAAAAUCGAGUUUUGCAACGAGUUCCAUACAAAAUUUUAUGCAAUGAUUUUUUCAUAAUGCAACCCAUGUGAGUUGCAUAAUGUUCAUAAUGCAACUCAAAUGAGUUGCAUUAUGAACAUUAUACAACUAUUUUUCAUUAUGCAACUCAUUUCAGUUGCAUAAUGAAACAGUUCGGAAAAAUUGGCCAUUAUGAUACCAAAAUGAGUUAUAUAAAAUAUAAAUUAUGAUACAGAAUUGCAUAAAGAUAUUUAAAAUCCACUUGCGUCGUAUUUUCGGCAGUUUUGUUCUCUUCGUCACGGGAGGUUUUUAGAAACCUGUUGAACUCAAAGUUGGCCUCAAAUCCUUCCAAAGUAAGAUGAAUGAUAUGGAAAUGUUUCAGGCAUUUUGGCCGUCAAACCCCUCCCACGACGGAGAGAACAAACCUGCCAAUAAUAUCCAACGUCACCCUAUUAGGUAUUCAAAAUAAGUCAUGUUUUGAAGUACACCACGAAUAAUACUUUUUAUAUUUAGAGUCAAAGUGUUGAAUAUUCGAUGGGCUUUGAACUAAGUUAUAUAAAAUCAGUGUAUAAAAAGGUAUUAGAAGAUUUUUUUAGUGUCAUCUUAAGUCUGUUUGUAAAAAAAAAUAAUAAUAUCUCUUGAACCUCCUCUCUUCUUCCUCUUCUUGGCGUAACGUCCUCAUUGGGACAAAGCCUGCUUCUCAGCUUUGUUCUAUGAGCACUUCCACAGUUAUUAACUGAGAGCUUCCUCUGCCAAUGACCAUUUUGCAUGUGUAUAUCGUGUGGCAGGCAUGAAGAUACUCUAUGCCCAAGGAAGUCAAGGAAAUUUCCUUUACGAAAAGAUCCUGGACCGACCGGGAAUCGAACCCGUCACCCUCAGCAUGGUCAUGCUAAAUACCCGUGCGUUUACCGCCUCGGCUAUAUGGGCCCAUAUAGCCCAUAUCUCUUGAACCAUAAGAGACGAAAAUAUGUUUAUUGUGACCUGAAAUUACGGAAGGACCGGGUUAAAAUAAAUAUAAACUUCAAUGCAAAUGUACUUUCGACUACAUGUCACUCUUUGGUAUUCCGAGGUACUUCGAGAUUCUUCGAGUCCAUGAUACUUCAUGACAUUCCGUGGUACUUCUACGAUGCUAUGUACUAAAGUAUUCCAUGGUACUUCGUAGUACAAACCCAUUUGUUGUACACAACACCAACGUAAUGGUGCUGCUGAUCGACCACGCGACUGUUGGGGGAAUAUUGACACGAUACUAAUGUAAUGAACAUAAUAUUUCCCGCUACAUAAGUUUUGUGUAAUCUCUACUCAGCAAACAAUUCACUCAUUGACCUAUAGACAGCCUUUUGACGCAUAUUGUUCGAUAAACCGAAAAAUUCCCAAAUUGCAAAAUAAAAAACCAGCAGCCGGAUCCGUUUCUCUUUUGUGAUUUAUCAGGAGCCAACCAAAUCAAGUAAGGGGACGGGAAAACGAAACAACCUUGUACAGCGAACAACGUAUUCCUCUUAAAGAGGUCAAAAAUAUUAGUGAAAAUAUUAAUCAAAAUUCUUGUAGAAGAAGAAGAAGCGUUACAAGAAUAAGAGAUAACAAUAGUUUGUACGUGUUACUGACUACUACUACAACACCCGGUUUGUAAAAAAAAAUCAGCAUCCGGAAGAGAUACGAACUACAUAUGGGACUACACGAGGACAAUGUAUAAUUUAAACCUUUCCACUUCACUCUAGGUGUGAUAAUGUUCCUCUCUUGGUACAUUUGAAAUGCCGUGUACUAUAGGAAAUAAAACGAUUUUUUAAUUAGUCAAGUGUAUUAUUCAUCGAUCGGUAUCGACAGAACACUGGUGGAUUGAUUUGGAAAGGUGAAUCGGUUGGGAUUGAUUUUGUUACCAGCCUCAGAAGGUAGGAAGUCUUUGAAUUCACAAAGUUUUCAUCAGAUUCAGAGAUAAGUCCGCCCUAAACGCGGCUGGUAAUGAGAAAACAUCCCGUAGAACAAACGCAGACAUAGAUAUAAUGUUUGAUUUUAAACAAGAGAAACAACUAAAUCAUCAUAGAAUGAGCAAAAUGAAUGAAACCGGCGGAAACCUAACGACAUACGUGGAAAAUAUCCUUCAAACCUUUUCUCUGUGUACAAUGAUUGGCUUUCGUUCAGAAAACUAUAACAAUAUUAUAUGAUUUUUAACAACUUGUACGGUACCGACGCCUGUUGGCGUGAGUAGAAGAAGCAAACAGCAAAGUCAACACUCUGGCAUGGCAGAAUGCGAGCAGUAAGUGAUUGGUGAUCAACUUUUCCAUUUCCUAUGAAUUUAAAUGAAGAAAAAAAAAAUCGAAAACUAAACUACAAGAAAACAAUAUCGUGUCGGCUUAUCGCGUGCAGAACGAACGCAAAAAAAAAGUAUUCAAGUUCAUUGCGACACGAUUAACAUUACACUCUAGAGUAAUACUUUUCUGCAAUAUUACGUGCAGCGAGAAGAAAAGGGGACAACAAGAAAAACAAAAUCUGAAACAAACGUUUUUCGUCAGACUGUGAAAUAUGUAAAAUAUAGAAGAAGAAAAAAACAAGAACAAAAAAAAACAUGAAAAGUAAAAUAUAAGAAUAGUUUAUAUUAAUACAAGUAAUAAAAAAAUCUGAAUUUCAGGAGAGAAAGAUUAAA